AUGGCUGUUUUAAGUGUGCAUGCUUAUUUUUUAUUUUAGCAUUUCAAAGGAUAAAAAUAAAAUCUCAAUAUAUCUAAAUAGAAAAAUGAGUAGCAUGAAGGAGUGUGUUUAUUAAAAAAACUGUUAUUUAUUUUUAUUUUAAUUAGUUUGCAAGAAUAUGAUAUCUUUUAAUGCACAAUGAUAACUUUAUUGAAUUUUGGAUAUAUUGGAUAUCUAUUGUCUAUAAAAUAGUAUAUGCCAAAAAUUGAAUUUUUUGGACUUAUUUGGACGGAAGCUCCAGUAAUGCUUGUUACAUUUACAAGUUUAGUCUAUUGCCGUGAUUUUUCGGGUUAUUUAACAUCUGACUAAUAAACUGAUUUAGGUUUUGGAUAAAUUGGAAUUUUUAUUCUAGGCUUAUUAGGACCACUAAUUUAACUUGGAUUCAAACUUUCAAGAGACCUUUAAUAAUGUUAUCAAAAGAAUAAAUAGAAGCCUGAGCUUCUAUGA